CGUGGCAACCGAAGUUUUUCAUUCUCUGCCAGAACGUCUGAUCAAGAUGAAGCAUUUUCGGGCAGGUCUGUGUUUCCUGAUGAUGAUCUGGGCAAUGGCCGAAGUCGAAGCCGACAAGAAACCUAAAGCGUUUUCAUCUGGAACGCAUUUUCCCGAGUACCACGAUUACGGUAGCAGCGCACCGGAACCUGAUCGUGACGAUCCACUGCAUCCAAUGCUUGGAAUCCCCGUCGAAAACCGUCAGCAAAUGGAGAAGAAAUGUAAGAACAUCACGAGAAUCAGAUAUGGCUAUAGCGCCAAAUGGACGGACGCUCCGUUUCAAGUCUCGAUUCGUAGACUAGAUCUCGACCGCUGGGAAAGCUUCGGUAUGGGUCACUACUGUAGUGGCUCGAUCAUCGCCAACAAUGCAAUUUUGACCUCCGGCAGCUGUCUCAAGGGCCAAGGACGAGCAGAAAUAGGUGUGGUCGUCGGAACACUGAACCGCCGCAAAGCAAUCCUGGAAGCGACGCAGCUACUGUUCCCCGCAAAUAUCAUCGUUCAUCCGAGAUAUCUAUCAGAAAACGAUCCCAGAUUCGAUAUUGGUCUUGUUUUAACAUCGCGUCGCAUGGAAAUCGGACCAAAAGUAGCGAAGAUAAAAAUUGACCUGAAUGCACCGUCUGCCCGUACCAAGUGUAAGACAUAUGGCUGGGGCAUAACCAGCGAGUUUGGCGCUGAUUACACGGAUUGUCUUCAAAGGGCGGCUCUUUCCAUUGUGGACAGAAGGGACUGCAGAUCACUAACGACCGAAUACAUUACGAAUUCAACUCUCUGCGCGAGAAGCUCUCUCGAUAGUGAUCCUUGUACGGCCGACCUUGGGAGUCCGGUUGUUUGUAACGGGAAGCUAAGCGGAAUUGUUACAAGGAAGGAUGGGUGUGAGGGAACUGCUCAUGCUGAUACACAUAUGAGCUUGUUCCAACACAAGCAAUGGAUCAAAAAAUUGCUAACGGAAUAUCACGUGAGAUCGGAUGACGAUGCGGAUUCUGGUGCUAGAUUGGUGUACACUUCUAGGAUUUACGUUGCUAUGGGUGUGUUUGCUUUCAUUUUGGGAACAUGCAUUUUCUAAACACAUUGUUAAAAAUACUGCCCUUCUUCUUGGUGGCAAUUGCUCAUUUCAGCCCUUUGUUAAAAAUCUUUGGA